AUGGCCCAGCCCGGUUGUGUCGUAACCGGCGACGGUGCCGUCGGCAAGACAUGCCUGCUCAUCUCAUACACGACCAACGCCUUUCCCGGCGAAUACAUUCCCACAGUCUUCGACAACUACUCGGCGAGUGUCAUGGUCGAUGGCAAGCCCAUCAGCUUAGGUCUGUGGGAUACUGCUGGACAGGAGGACUACGACCGACUCCGACCUCUGUCGUACCCGCAAACCGACGUCUUCCUCAUCUGCUUCUCCAUUGUCAGCCCCCCGUCGUUUGACAACGUCAAGGCCAAGUGGUACCCCGAGAUUGACCACCACGCCCCGAACAUCCCCAUCAUUCUGGUGGGCACCAAGCUCGAUUUGCGCGAGGACGCCGCGACGCUGGACUCGCUGCGACAGAAGCGCAUGGAGCCCGUGUCGUACGAGCAGGCCCUAGUGUGCGCCCGGGAAAUCAAGGCCUACAAGUACCUCGAAUGCUCUGCCCUGACGCAGCGCAACCUCAAGAGCGUCUUUGACGAGGCAAUUCGCGCCGUGUUGAAUCCUCGACCGCAGCCUUCCAAGUCGAAGAAGUCGAAGUGCUCAAUCCUGUAA